AUGGACGACCUGAACGUGGACGACGACGGCUUUGGCGAGAAGAAGAAGAAGAAGAAGUCCAAGGACAAGGACAAGGACGCCGACCCGGAGGAGGACUUCGGCAAGAAGAAGAAGAAAAAGAAGAAGAAGGACGUCGACGACGAGGACGGCGAGGACGCCGACGCCGGCGAGGCCACCAACUCCGGCAGCGGGCUCCCGUGGGAUGGCACCGCGCGCGAUUACUACUACGACGAGCUCCUCGGCCGAGUCUUUGGCAUCCUCCGCGAGAAGAACCCGUCGCUGUCGGAGAAGACCAAGACGAUCAUCAAGCCCCCGCAGGUGCUGCGCGAGGGCACGAAGAAGACGGUGUUCGCGAACCUCAUCGAGAUUUGCAACGCGAUGAACCGCUCCCCGGAGCACGUGAUCCAGUACAUGAUGGCCGAGCUCGGAACGUCUGGCACGCUGGACGGCCAGCAACGGCUGAUCAUCAAGGGGAGGUUCCUGCCGAAGGUGUUCGAGGGCGUCCUGCGCCACUACUUCAUCGACUACGUCAUCUGUAACCUGUGCAAGAGCGCCAACACCACCUUGGACAGGGACAAGGCGACGAGGCUGAGCAUCUGCAAGUGCAACGCGUGCGGCGCGUCGCGAUCGGUGAGCGCCAUCCAGAAGGGUUUCCAGGCUGUGCAGAGGGGCGAGCGUCGCAAGGCGCGCCAAGCCGCGUGA